CGGUUACAGAUCAGGCGUUUCCUGUUGUUACUUACCGUCAAAGAUAAUGCUAUGGAUAUACCUGAAAAUUUAGAAGCUCGAAGACGCAUUUCUUUCUUUGCCACUUCACUCUUCAUGGAUAUGCCAAGAGCUCCUAAAGUACGCAAUAUGCUGUCAUUCAGUGUUAUUACUCCCCACUACCUGGAGGACAUUAAUUUCUCAGUCAAAGAACUUCGUUCAAGCAAAUCCGGGGUUUCCAUCAUCUUUUAUAUGCAGAAAAUCUUUCCAGAUGAGUGGAAAAAUUUUUUGGAACGCAUGGGGUGUGAAAAUUUGGAUGGAUUAAAAGAUGAAGGCAAGGAAGAAGAAAUUAGAAACUGGGCUUCGUUUCGAGGCCAAACGCUGAGCAGAACAGUUUUUGGCCAUUUACCAAAUUUAGCAGGAUUCAUAAACAUCACUCUGAUCAAUUAUUUCAUAAUCCAAUUGGAGCCUGAAAUAUAUCGUAUCAAGCUUCCUGGGCCACCAAACAUAGGAGAAGGAAAGCCUGAAAAUCAAAAUCAUGCUAUAAUUUUCACACGGGGUGAAUCUCUCCAAACAAUUGAUAUGAACCAGGAUAAUUAUUUGGAAGAAGCUUUGAAAAUGAGAAAUCUUCUGCAAGAAUUCCUUCGGCAUCAAGGACGACAGCAUCCUACGAUACUUGGUCUGAGGGAACACAUAUUCACUGGAAGUGUUUCUUCUCUAGCAUGGUUCAUGUCAUAUCAAGAGACCAGCUUUGUCACAAUUGGUCAAAGGCUUCUUGCAAAUCCUCUCAGGUAAAUAAUCCUCAGAUUUUGGAAAUUACCAAAAAUCAUAUGAUCAGCUUGGCAAUUAACAAGAGGUGGCAUAAGCAAAGCGUCUAAAACAAUUAACUUGAGCGAGGAUGUUUUUGCUGGAUUUAAUUCUACCUUAAGACGGGGAUCUAUAACAUACCAUGAGUACCUCCAAGUUGGCAAAGGUCGUGAUGUUGGCCUAAAUCAAAUCUCAAAGUUUGAGGCCAAAGUAGCUAAUGGAAACAGUGAACAGACUAUAAGCCGUGAUAUGUACCGCCUUGGGCAACAGUUUGAUUUUUUCCGGAUGCUUUCUUGUUACUUUACAACAAUUGGAUUUUACUUCAGCAGUUUGAUUUCAGUUAUUGGAAUUUAUGUCUUCCUCUAUGGGCAACUAUACUUGGUUCUUAGCGGGUUGGAAAAAGCUCUUCUUCUUGAAGCAAGAAUGAAAAACAUAAAAUCACUAGAAACGGCCCUUGCCUCCCAGUCAUUUAUCCAGCUUGGCCUCUUAACAGGAUUACCGAUGGUGAUGGAAAUUGGACUUGAGAAAGGUUUUCUUACAGCCCUUAAAGAUUUUGUUCUUAUGCAACUGCAGCUUGCUGCUGUUUUCUUUACUUUUGCUCUUGGAACAAAAACUCAUUAUUAUGGUCGAACAAUUUUGCAUGGUGGAGCCAAGUACAGACCCACUGGACGUAAGGUUGUGGUCUUUCAUGCCAGCUUCACUGAGAAUUAUAGAUUAUAUUCACGAAGUCAUUUUGUGAAAGGAUUUGAACUCUUGCUCCUCUUGAUCGUAUAUGAUUUAUUCAAACGAUCAUAUCAGAGCAGCAUGGCAUACGUAUUAAUCACCUACUCUGUUUGGUUUAUGUCAAUAACUUGGUUGUUUGCACCAUUUUUAUUCAACCCUUCGGGAUUUAGCUGGGAAAGGAUAGUGGAUGACUGGAAAGACUGGAAUAAGUGGAUAAAAGAGCAAGGAGGUAUUGGAAUCCAACAAGACAGAAGUUGGCAGUCUUGGUGGAACGACGAGCAAACCCACCUUCAUCGUUCAGGGCUGGGUGCAAGGUUAUUUGAAAUGCUUCUGUCUAUUCGUUUUUUCCUAUAUCAAUAUGGUCUGGUCUAUCACCUUGACAUCUCCCAACAGAGCAAAAAUUUCCUGGUCUAUGUGCUUUCUUGGGUUGUGAUUCUUGCAGUCUUUCUAACAGUCAAGGCAGUGGACUUGGGUAGACAGCUGUUUAGUGCUAAGAACCAUCUUGUCUUCAGGUUCUUUAAAGUCUUUCUCUUCUUAAGUGGGUUAGCCUUGAUCAGUACCCUAUCUAUCAUCUGUAAACUAUCUCUAAAGGACCUGAUAGUGUGCUGUUUAGCAUUUUUGCCAACUGGAUGGGGUUUGAUAUUGAUUGCCCAAGCAGUGAGACCGAAGAUAGUGGAUACUGGGCUAUGGCACUUCACCGAGAUACUUGCCAAAACAUAUGACUAUGGAAUGGGUGUAGUCCUCUUUGCACCCAUAGCUAUCUUAGCAUGGCUUCCAAUCAUAUCAGCCUUUCAGACUCGCUUCCUUUUCAAUGAAGCUUUUAGUAGAAGACUGCAAAUCCAGCCAAUUCUUGCAGGUAAGAAGAAGAAGUGAUGACCUUUUUAUAACAAUAGAGAAUAUAUUUGUAAUUUAUUUGUACAGUCAAAUCAUUUUGACAGAUUUUCAUGGUAACAUUGUGAAGAACAUUUCAAAAAAUUAUUUUGUAUAGCACAGAAUCAUAUAUAUGAUUAAUAGAAAGAAGACCAGCUUCAAGUUGAA